AUGUCCGGAGCCCUCGAUGUCCUGCAGAUGAAGGAAGAGGAUGUCCUCAAAUUCCUUGCAACAGGCACCCACUUAGGUGGCAUCAACCUGGACUUCCAGAUGAAACAGUACAUCUACAAAAGGAAAAAUGAUGGCAUCUACAUCAUAAAUUUGAAGAGAACCUGGGAGAAUCUUCUGCUAGCUGCUCGUGUCACUGUUGCCAUUGAGACCCCAGCUGAUGUCAGUGUGAUCUCAUCCACGAAUACUGGGCAGCGUGCUGUGCUGAAGUUCACCGCUACCACGGAUGCCACUCCAAUCGCUGGCCGCUUCACUCCUGGACCUUCCACUAACCAAAUCCAGGUGGCUUUCCAGGAGCUGAGACUUCUGGUGGUUACUGAUCCCAGAGCUGACCACCAGCCCCUCACAGAGGUGUCUUACGUGAACCUGCCUACCAUUGCUCUGUGCAACACAGACUCUCCUCUGCACUAUGCGGAUGUUGCCAUCCUUUGCAACAACCAGGGAGCUCACUCUGUGGGUCUCAUGUGGUGGAUGCUGACCUGGGAGGUUCUGCACAGGGGAGGCACCAUCUCCUGCGAACACCCAGGGGAGGUCAUGCCUGAUCUCUGCUUCUACAGAGGUCCUGUGGAGAGUGAAAAGGAAGAGCAGGCUGCUGCCGAGAAGGUUGUGAUCAAGGAGGAAUUCCAGAGUGAAUGGACUGCCCCAGCUCUGGAGUCUACCGAGACUCAGCCUGAGGUUGCAGACUGGUCUGAAGGGGUGCAGGUGCCCUCUGUGCCCAUUCAGCAGUUCCCUACAGAAGACUGGAGCACUCGGCCUGCCACAGAAGACUGA